UUGCCAUAUUGAUAAACAAACGACUAGUCGCUGAGGGUAAAUAUGGUACACGGAGUUUUUGUCGCUUUGUGUAUAUUACAUUGUUGUCGACUAGCUCUGGGAUAACUUCGGGAGGCGGCAGCAGCAAUGGCAACUGAGCUUGAAGAGUUGGUGGGAUUUCUAUCUGCUUCCUCUCCGCCGGUGCAGAAGGCGGCUGUUGAUAUUGUUCGGGACUUAACUGGGUCUGAAGAUGGGUUACUGUCCCUUUCUAAGUAUGCUAAUAUUGUGCUUCCCUCAUUAUCUCGACUUUUAAGCCGAAAGAAGGAGGUAUCUGAGCCUGCAGCAGAAGCUCUUGUGAAUCUGUCACAGAACUCAAAUUUAGCUACUAAGAUGGUUGAGACUGGGAUGAUUCAAAUGGCCAUGGAUCUAUUAUAUAAGCCAGACUCUAGCAUUACCCGAUUACUUGUAAUGCUCCUAGUUAAUCUCACUCAGUUGGAUGCUGGUAUUCAAUCCUUGCUUCAGACUGAUGAUGAGAAGAUGCAAGGACUGUUUGUUAUGAAGCUUGUGAGAUCAUUCUGUAGAACCUCCAGUGAAACUAGAGACAAUCCAUUUGAUCAUGUUGGUUCCAUUCUUGUAAAUAUAUCAAAGAAAGAAGCUGGUAGGAAAAUGUUAUUGGACCCUAAGCGAGGGUUGCUGAAACAGAUCCUCAGACAGUCUGACUCCACAAGUCCAUUGCGGAGGAAAGGGGUUUCUGGAACGAUUCGCAACUGCUGUUUUGAAGCUGAGAAUGAGCUUCAAGAUUUGCUUUUGAUAUCUGAGUUUCUUUGGCCAGCACUACUCCUGCCUGUUGCUGGCAAUAAGAUAUACAGUGAACAAGACAUAUCAAAAAUGCCUCUUGAGCUUGGCAGUGCACUUUCUAUCGAACGUGAACCUUGUGAUGACCCUGAUAUUCGUAUUCAAGCACUGGAGUCUAUUUACUUGAUCACAUUACAGGAGGCGGGUCUAAGAGCCUUUUGGUCUGUUAAUGGACCUCGUAUACUGCAAGUUGGAUAUGAAGAUGAACAGGAUCCUAAAGUGAUGGAAGCUUAUGAACAAGUCGGCUCACUGCUGGUUCAUGAGCGCGGGGCAGCUGUGUCUUCGGGCGAAACCUCAUAGCAGCAAUUCAUCAUUUUGUGCAUGCAUUGGAACAAAAUUGGUCGAGAAAGAACGAAAUGGCCUUUCAAUUUUUCGAGAGGAACCUGAAAAUUUUUGUAUCAUUGUGAUAUUUAUUUAUAAACUUUGUAGUUUUAUCUUGUUUUGCCCAUCUUCAUGUUGUGUAUGUGAAUUUGGGAAUUUUUUUUUUUUUUUUCAUAUAUACAAAAUAAGUUAUCUUUUGGUUUGUUCUGUUAUGAAUUAAUCUCAAAUAAUUCCACAAUAA